AAAUCUUAAAUACUUUACCGGAAGACUCACCUUUAACCCGGAAGUACUCAACGGACAGCCAAGAAAACAAUUGCAGGCGAAGCAUCAAUGGGGGUCACUUGUGUGUGCCAUGUGCCUGUGACUGAGGGGAAGAGCGUGCAGCAGACAGUGGACACCCUGCACAAGAAACUGGAGCAGCUGGGUGCUGUGAAACAGGGCAGCUUCUGUGUGGACUGUGAGACAUACCAUGCAACAGGAAAUGUCAGCGGUCAGCCCACCAAGCUCUUAUACGUGAUGCACAACUCUGAAACUCCCCUGAGCUGCAUGGCUCUGUUUGAAGGCGGACCCUGCCUGAUAGCCGACGCAAACUUUGACGUUCUUAUGGUGAAGCUAAAAAGUCACUUCCAAAAUGCCAAGGGCCACAAGGUGGAGUGCCGAGGUUCUCGAUACCGCUACUGCGACUUCUUGAUAAAAGUCGGUACAGUUACAAUGAGCUCCAGUGCCAGAGGGAUAUCAGUAGAGGUGGAGUACUGUCCCUGUGUGGUUCCAGGGGACUGCUGGAAUCUCAUUAAGGAGUUCAUGCAGUCCUUUCUUGGCUCCAGCGUUCCCGAACUGCCGUCUGUGUUUGCUGCCAAGCCCGAAGGACUCUUCGCACCGGCGGACUGCGUUGACACCAUGACUCAGUACCUGGAGCUGUUCAACAAACUUCGUAAACUGCAGGCCCCUGGAAGUAACGUGCGUUGAGAUGUCGGCGGCGAUGGAGAGAUCUAUUUUUUUAUGUUUGUAUUAAUGUUACUAAAAUUCUGGUCCUGUGGAUCGGCGUGGUAUCUAGGCGUUUUUAAAAGCCUGAAGUUCCAUUUUCUGGAGCCUCGACAUUGCAUUACAUGUUCCCAUUUAAUGAAAACAUCUUGUAUUAAAAAGACGUAAAGGAGAACACUA